UUUUAUCGGCAGCCAGGGUGCAGUUAAUUUGCAGACGAAAAAGAAACAAUCCGAGUCUGUUUGGUUCCGUUUACGUAAUGGCAACGUUCCGUUUGGGUGCAAUUGCAUCCAUUGCAACAAAGAUUCCACAUCAAAAUGUGGCCAAACUGCAGCGGAUAAACUUUGUUCGCCAAUUGGCCACUGGAGCGGCACCGAAAAAACCUACCAGCACUCUGGGGUUGGCACUGAAAGGCAUGGCAAUCGGUGCAUUGGUUGGUACGGGUUGGUCCAGCUACAGUUACUUCAAAGGUGGCCCCACAGAUCAUAUGCUGCAUGAGCAUGUAGGACCGAAGUUUCUGGAUAAGCUGCCGGAUGUGAAAAUAAUGCGCCGAGUAGUCAACCCCAAGGACGAUUCCGAUUUGGAUUUAGUGCUGUUCCAGUUUCAAACAUGUCCCUUCUGUUGCAAGGUUCGAGCCUUCCUGGAUCACAGCGGUCUAUCGUAUUCGGUGGUGGAGGUUGAUGCCGUUUUACGCCAGGACAUACGCUGGUCGGACAGUAAAAAGGUUCCAAUUUUGUUGGCAAAGACGAAAUCCGGCAAAUACGUUCAGCUAACGGACUCAAGCAUGAUCGUGUCUUCGAUUUCAAGCUUUCUUCGCGACAAAAAGCAAGAUAUUGGCGAACUGGCCAAAUACUAUCCUUCGAUAUCGUACGAAAAUGAUGCCGGCCGGAAGGUGUUCGAUAUAAUGAACAAGUAUUUCCUGAUGUUCCAAGAAAAAAAGACCGACAAUCGUUCAAAGGAAGAGCAAGAGGAGGAACGUAAAUGGCGCGCCUGGGCUGACGAUCAUUUGGUGCAUUUGAUUUCUCCCAACGUGUACCGAACGAAGGACGAGGCACUGGAAACGUUCGAAUGGUUUUCGGACGUUGGCGAAUGGAACGUGCACUUCCCAAAGUGGGAACGGGAUUUGAUGGUUUACGUCGGAGCAUUCGCAAUGUGGGGCAUCAGCAAACGGUUAAAGGCACGUCACCAGCUCAGCGACGAUGUGCGGUCGCAUAUAUACGAUGCGUGCGAUCGAUGGAUCGGUGAAAUUGAAAAGAAGAAAACGACCUUCCACGGUGGUUCACAGCCGAAUCUGGCCGAUCUGGCAGUGUUUGGCGUGCUGAACAGUAUGGAAGGAUGUCAAGCUUUUAAAGAUUGUUUGGAAAACUCCAAGAUCGGUCCAUGGUUCUAUGCGGUGAAGGAGAAAGUGCUUAAGAAUAGGGGCAAUUUGAUGUAAUGCUAUUUGUUCACUAUAUUGUUU